AAUGUCUGCAGGACAUACUUAAUAUUUGUCCACUCAUGUUCCUCUUCUAACAACGAGUGAGGGUUGGCACAUAGAUGCACAGAGACUGGCUUACUGCUCCACUCAGGAGCCCUCUAUGACAAAAAACAGAUUUAGGAAGGAAGAGUCGCAGGUUACUUACUGUUACAUGUUGAGCCCUUUAUGUGUUGUUGCAUUUAGCUUUAGAGACAGCUUCUGUUUGAGUGCUAUUUGAUCAGUCUUUUCAGACAUUCUCACCUUGUGGUUGAUUAGUUUGUUCUCACCUGCUUAGAAUCUGCUUUUGGACUCUGUACAAUCAUGUGGGAGUUUAGGUCCAUGUCUUUCUGGCGAGCGGUCUUCGCCGAGUUCUAUGGCACCAUGUUUUUUGUAUUCUUUGGGUUGGGUGCGGCCCUCCGCUGGACCACAGGGCCCCACAAUGUUCUUCAUGUUGCCUUUGCUUUUGGGCUGGCGGCUGCCACCUUCAUCCAGUCUAUCGGUCACAUCAGUGGAGGACACAUCAACCCUGCUGUCACAUUCGCCUACCUGAUCGGAUCCCAGAUGUCCCUGUUCAGGGCUUUCUUCUACAUCGUGGCCCAGUGUCUUGGUGCGCUGGCUGGAGCUGCUGUGCUAUAUGGAGUCACGCCCAACAAUAUGAGAGGAAACCUGGCACUAAAUACGCUGCAGCCAGGUAUCAGCCUGGGCAUGGCCACCACGAUCGAGAUCUUUCUCACCUUGCAGCUUGUUAUCUGCGUCUUUGCUGUAACAGAUGAGAGGCGCAACGGACGCCUGGGCUCUGCUGCUCUGGCUAUCGGCUUCUCUGUGCUAAUUGGACAUCUUCUUGGGAUGUACUACACAGGAGCAGGAAUGAACCCAGCAAGGUCCUUCGCCCCUGCUGUGCUUGUCAGGAACUUUAUUAACCACUGGGUGUACUGGGUGGGACCCAUGAUCGGAGGUGCAAUAGGAGCUCUGCUUUAUGACUUCUUGCUGUUUCCGCGCAUGCGUGGGCUCUCUGAGAGGCUCGCCACACUGAAGGGCACCCGGCCCCCAGAGGCAGAGGCCCAGCAGGAGACCAGGGGAGAAUCCAUUGAGCUCAAGACACAGGCCCUAUAAAUCUGGAGAUAUUUAUUUGACCCCCAAACCCCUCCAUACACACCUUCCACCUUUCAUGUCACCCUCUGAACCCUUGGUUUCUUCUCCAUCCACAGCCCUGUCACUUUUUUUGCACACAGACCUCCUCCCUCUUUAUCAACACUCAAAGAGUGAUACAAAGCCCCGUUUUGUAAUUCAUGUUUUGCUCCUUGUGGGACCUACUGAGAAGGGACAAACAGCCCUAAAUAUCUUACACGAUGCGAUCUCACUUCCACCCAACGUUUCAUGCCCUCUUCUGGAAGGGGAGGAGGGGCGGGAGUGGUUGAGGACUUGCCACCAUAUGAUGCGACCAGCCGCCUGUAGCAUGGUUAAUUGGUUACUUCUGGCUGACCACACAGUUAUAACUGCCAUGACAGUACUUCUGUUUUUGUUUAUUUCUCACACCUUUUAUUUUGCUAGGAGUGAAGCUACAGUAGAACAAUGGACCUCUGCCUGCAUUUUCAUUUUGAUCCAGCGUGACCUCGCUCCUUGUUUUGUUUCAUGACCUUUGGCUGAAAAUAUGUAUUGAUAAAGUUCUGACCUUAUUUCCUUUCUUUUAGCUGUAUGUGCAUGUGUACACAUGGGUGUGAUAGAGUGAAGGUGAGAAAGACAAACUGAGUGUGCCUGCAUGUCUGUGUGCAUGUGUAUGCUUGUUUUAACUAUUUUUUUUUCUGAAUUUAAUUGCCAGAAUUGUUUGUAUUCUAAGUUUUGAUGCUGCAUUGAUUGAAAAAUGUCUUUUUCUUGCCUUUAUUGAAAAAGUGCGAAUGAUUACGAAAGGCCUAGUCAAUUCAUGUUUGAUCUAAUUAGAUUGUUCCUUUAGAUGGAUUGAUUAGGAUUUAAUUCUGACACAUAGCCCCUUUCAAACACUUAAAAAUCUGCAUUUUAUGCAGUAUUUUAAAAUAAUAAUUCAUAGGUUAAAUAAAAUGUUUUUCUUUUUCGAUAGUUCUUUAAUAAAUGCCCAUUUAAAUUUGUAUUAUUCCACCCAAAUCUGUAGCAUUUACUGUAUUAGGUUUAGCUUUUGUAUCUUUCACAUUUGGAUUAUAUACAGUAUUUCUGUUGGUUUACACUUUCUUUGACUUUCUGACAAUUUCGUCUCCCAAGUUUUAGAGCAGCGCUUCACCAAAGAUUCAUGUACAGGUGUGUUUGAGUUAUUAGAUUUUUAUUCUCUAUGCCUCCUAAUGACAAACUGGACCCACUGUUAAGAAGAACAGGUAUUUUAUUUUUAUUGGCAUUUUUUCUCUCCAAUAAAUAAUGCAUCUUACAACUUAGAAUGUUUAGGGUUUUAUGUUGAAUAAGGAUUAGAAUAUGCAGAAUAUAUGAGGUAAGACAGCUUUCUGUAGGAGUCUGCAGUCGGUGGUAAAUGGAGAUCCAAUUUGAAAUAACUAGAAAAAGCUGUUUGUAAAUUAGUUUAAAUCUUCAGUGUGUUUUUACAGGGUGCAAAUUAUGCAUCUUUAUCCUCAUACAGUCUACAGGAAAAAAAUGAAGUUUGAAGUUGAAUUUGUUCUCUCCCUCGUGCAUUAUUUCUCCUUCCUUUGAUAUGUGGCUCAGAGAGGAAUUAGCACUUUGCUAAUUGUACCAAAACAUUUCUUGAACCAAACUUUGUACACCGAUUCCUUUCCUGCUUUCUCUACAUAAUAACCUCUCUUUUUGUACCCCAGUGUGAUUUCAAUGGCUGUGGUUCAGUAGAAUUUAAAUUUAAAGAACAUAUUGAAAUUAGAAUUUGUUUUCCAAUGGAAACGUUAAGAUGUACAGUGAAAGUUUUUUUUUUAAAGGACUGUUGCAACUGAAUGAAAACUGGACUGAUAAAAUGAAUACGAUGAUUGCUAUUCAUAUGAAUACAGGCUAUUUGAACUUGCUAUGUACCCCCAUUUAAUCGGUCAUCCUUUGUGGUAACUGGCAAAGUUUGGCUAUUAUUCAUUUUCCAUGUCCAAAAAACAAGCAAAAAAAUCAGUUUGCAAUUUCUUUCUUUUUGUUUGUGUUCUUUUUUGGGUUUAUUUGGAGUGUAUACAAUCAAAUACAGAAAGGACAUUUGUAUAUAGCAAAAUCUGGACAGACAUAUGGAACAGUGAGUACAUGUAAUAUUUCACAUUUCUGGCCCCAAUGUGUAUAAACAAACCUUAAAUGCGAUUUUUUCAAAUUAUCUAUCUGCUGCUUG